CUGCCGGUGUCGUCCCCCACCUGUCCGGGGGAGGGUGCCCGGCCGGUCUCAGGAUCCCUCCCGCAGGUCCCUCCGGUUCCUGCAGUUGAUCCCUCUCAGCUGACGUCAGGAGAAAUGGCGGACCAGGAUGGCAGCGACGCAUCUCCUCCCGAGUCCCAAGCGUCUUACUCCCAGUAUAAAUCGGAGGAUGGCAGAACGUCUUCAGCCACCCGCCCCAGCUCCGCGGGCUCUGGGCAGACCUACACUCCCACCCUGACCCCCACCCCCACCCCCACCCCGACUCGCACCACCACCUGUCCUGCCACCCCAUGGGCUCCAUGUCCUUCAAGGCCCUGCAGGCCCAGCCACUUCCUCACUGCCGCAGCCAUGAGAGAAACCUUAGCAGGGAGACGGCCUCGUCUUCCUCCAAGACUGCCCGCAGGAGGACCAUCGGCGCCCCACAGCAUAAGGACCGGGAUAAUGUCAGGAAGUCAUGGAGCAAUCUGUCACUCCCAUUGGCUCCCAUAUUGACUUUGCCCCCCAACAAGCACUCCUCCUCCCCAGGCAAGAAGAACAGCAAAGUGACAGCACCCUCUCCUGGCAGGCCUCCACAAAAGUCAGCAGGGCGGCCCCCGACCCCCAAACUGUUGAAGUCUCCGGGGCCAGACGACCCUGGAAAUCUUCGACCUUUCAGGAUCACACCCGAAAUCCCUCAACCCACCAGAGCUCACGAAGGGGAGGAGAAAGAGCAGGUCCUCAGUCCUCCUCAGCCUCGACCCCAGCCACUAGGUCAGAACAAGACCAACAGUGAGCAGACACCAGCAGCAGCCAGCGAGAGUGUAAGCAGUCCUCCAGCCUACAAGCCCUCAGCAGGCACCACAGAUCCAGAGGAGGCGAGUCGUAUCAUGGCUGAGAAUCGUCGACUGGCCCGCGAGCAAAGAGAGAAAGAGGAAGAGGAGCGCAGGCAACAGGAGGAACAGGCGAGGUUAGCGAAGGAGGAGAUGGCUCGCCGUAAGGCAGAAGAGCGAGCAAAGAGAGAGGAGGAGGCUCAACGUCAGGCGGAGGAGAGAAGAAGAAAGGAGGAAGAGGAGAGAAAGGAGGAGGAAGAGAGACUACAGAAAGAGAGAGAGGAGGCAGAGAGACAGAAAGAGGAGGAAGAGUCUCGACAGAGAGAGGAGGCAGAGCGACUGAGGCAGGAGAGAGAGAAACACUUCCAGAAAGAGGAGGCUGAACGCCUGGAGAGGAAAAAGCGUCUGGAGGAGAUCAUGAAGAGAACAAGACGUUCAGACACAGCAGAGAAGAAAGUUGUUCCUAACAGGAAUGGAGACAAUGCAGCAGCUCCUAGUCCAUCUGCAGUGACUGUGUCACCGGCACACAAUAGCAACGGCAACGGUCGCCAACCUGACCCCAACCCAGACCCCAACCCCACCGCACUGAGCCGUCCUGACCAGACGGAGAACGGGGAGUUUGAGGAGGUGAUUGUUCUGCCUUCACAUUCCAGGUUGUCUCCUCCUGAGGGAGAGGAGCAGCAGCAGGAGGAGGAAGAGAGAGUUCCUGUCGUAGCCUUCCGGGAGAACGGUCUCCUAAAGCCCCUAAGUGGAAUAGAGGAUAUAUCAGCCCAGCAAGGACCAGAUGUUGCCUGAUGCCCCGAUAGACCGAGAUGAUUCCACGCCUAGAGAGACAGGAAGUGAGACGGCCAGAGAGAGGUAACACAGAGCUGUUGGACUAAAUCAAAGGAAGGAGUCGCAGCAUCACAGCCAAGACCCUCCCCGAGGUUUACUUUGUCACCCUCCCCACGACAGAAGAGCACUGAAGCCAUUUCCCAAAGAUGGUGUCUCCAAAGAUCUACCUAAAGCAUCUCCAGAGAGAAGUUACUCGUCCCUCAACAAACUCUAUGGGGGACAGAUCCGUCUCCCUGUCUCCGACUAUGAUUACACUCGGUCAUAAUGUUCCGUGUACAGCCCCAACUACCCCUCAUUCUGAAGCAAAAAUCCUGAAAUCACAAGAGGGCUUUGAAGGCCUAUUCCACCUUGUGACUCUCUUGUGAUGUGUGCGUUUCUGUGUGUGUGAAUGAGAGACUAAUAAUAAUGUAAACUGAGAUCAGCUGUAAAGUCUUCAGCCCUGAUACUUGAAGAGUUUUUUUUUUUUUUUUUUUCUGUCGCUGUAGAACACACUGUAAUCAGACUGACAAAAUCAGUGACGUUUAUAACUGGAACUCUCACAACAGGCUCCGAAUUACAAGGUCUCAUUAAUGCAUUUCCUCUCUUUAUCCUGAAUCUUAGAAUUGUCAUGUUUCAACAUUUCUACUGAAAUGUUACACAAGAGAUGGGAUGUAGGUGUGAUAUCAGUGCAUGAAGUUGUAUUAAGACUACAGGAAAGUUCACGUCAUGUAAUAUAUUUUUGCUGUGUCUACAGUGCUUAAGACUGGAGGUUAUUACUGGGGUGAGGCAGGGGCGUUGGAGCAUCAUGGAGUUUGAGUUAAAUAAUAAGAAAAUGAAAAUACUGUCUCAGUUGAUAAUUAGGUUGUAAACUAAUGAUUUUUUGUUUAGUUUUAUUUAAUUGCUGUACAGAUAAAAAUGUGAUUCUUUGUUUCGUCCUCAUCCUUACUUUCUGCUCAAAUUGAGAAAAAAAAAGAAUCAGCUUUGACGUCAAGUCUUUCCCUUUCAUUUGUCAAUGCUGCAUGCUACGUCCUGUCGCACCGUGUAACCUGGUGGGCAGUGUUGGAGGACUCCACUGUAGCUUAGCCGCCUUGUGUUGGUGGUUAACUUUUGUUUUGGCCAAAGUACAAAAUGGAUUAAAAUAAUUAUGAAUUAUUGUUAAUUCUGCAGAUCUGAUCUUUUUGAUGAAGGAUUUAAGAAGAAAUGCUGCUUAUUUUGAUGUUCCUUUGCCUUACCGCAUCGUAUGAAGAAUGAGGUGACUUGACUGUACUCAUCCUUACUGAAAUGAAGAUAUACGCAUUCCCAGUAUGGCAUUCUGGCCACGCCCGUAAUCUCCAGUGGCUUUCUUUUCUUGAUAUGUUAAAAGUAUGAAAGAUCAUGCUAAAAAUGCUGUCUGUUUUAUCAUCAUACAAGAGCUAUAAUGUCAUGUUCAUACAGGUUUUCAUGACAGGGAUUCAAGUAAAACCCUGCAACCCAAACAUUACACUUCUGUGAUAGUCCAUCUUUUCUCAUCUUUCUUCGUAUUCUGUUCUGAAACCUUUGCACUUAGUUUCCUCUUCAUGUUCAAAUCUUGCCGUUCUACCAAAAUGGAGGGAAACUUCAGAAGGAUUAACCAUGUCUUUGGUUAUGUAUGCUGGUUUCUGCCAGUGCAUAGCAUUAUACGUUAUCAACAUGGUAACUUGAAAAAUGCAUUGCUUAAACAGAAGCAAAAUCACUUGUAAAUGACAUUAUACAUAGAUAUCCUAUAAAUUAUGUUUAAAAGUUGAUAUAUUUUACUAAGACUGACGAGGCUUUGAAAAUUACCAAGCCCUUUACAUCAGAAGAGGGGCUGUGGAUGAGAUCGUUGAACCACUGUAAAAAUGAAAUCACUGUACAACUCUUGCAGCCGUACUGUUUCGCAAGUAAAUAAA